CGGCCGGUGCCUCCCCCUCAGCCAGAACACUGUUCUUAUUUUAUCUGCUCAUGUGCUGGACGGCACAGAUGUGUGUGAGAAUUACCAAAAUAUGGCGCUAUCGUUUUCAGCCAAUGGGGUGGGCGUUUGUAACAGGUUGCAGCUGGCGUCACUGCCGUGGCGGGCACGCGCAUUUAAGAAGUGGAAGAGAUUGAGGAGGCAUCGGGGUCGCGCAGAUCCAUUUGGCUGGCAAAUGCCGAUCAUUAUGGGGGACCAGGACCCCGCCACGGGAUGGACCCUGACCGACCGACCGACCGCUGCGGACAGCUCAUCCAGGAGUUUAAUACCGGGUUAAACACAUUUUGCGCGUCUAAUACUGAACGGACAUUCGGUGAGCUGCAGAGAAGGCGGCGUUUGCGGGGACUGAACCGGAGCCGCGGCUGGUUGGUGGGUUAACGGGAGGAAACUGGACAGACAGCAGUUUUCUCUUACUGGAUCCGGCUCCGAAUUUCGAGAACGAUGGAUGAAUUGUUGAUUACAAGCCGGUGUUGUCAGCCCAACCCAGUCACGGCAGGGUGGGUUCAACCGGAGUAAAAAUAAGUCGGCUCUUAUCUGUUGGCUUCUCCCUCACCGGGCGCCGAUGUCCACGUUCUGCCUAGACCUGCAGACGUCCGCCGUGGUUUCAGCACCACUGGAGCUGGACAGCGACUGCAUGGAGCCCCUGCCCUGCCCCGGCGCACAGGAGCCCGGCGGCGGCGGCCAGGGUCACCCGCUGCGGCAUGCCGGCUCCGGAGGCCUCGGCAUGGCCUUGGAGGAGGAACUGGCCAUGCUUACCGGGGAGCGGGACGACGAGGAGGAGCUGCCGGCCCAGGAGGCGCCUGCAGCGGGGCAGAAUGCAGACUUACUGUCGCUCUUCCGUCAAAAGGAAAAAGACCUGGUUUUAGCUGCUAAACUCGGCAAAGCGCUGCUAGAGAGAAACCAAGACUUGACCAAGCAAUAUGAGAAAAUGCACAAAGAUCUCAACGAGAAACUAGAGCACUUGGAGCAGGAGAAGCAUGAGUUGCGUCGGCGUUUGGAGAGUCGGGAGGGGGAGUGGGAGGGUCGUGUGGCCGAGCUGGAGACGGACGUCCAGCAGCUGCAGGGGGAACUGGAACGCCACCAGGUCCAGUUGAGAGACGCCGACAGGGACAAGACCAAGGCCAUCAGUGAGCUCUCCGAGCAGAACCAUAGACUGCUGGAGCAACUCAGUAGGGCUGCAGAGGUGGAGAGGCAGCUGUCCACUCAGGUCCAUUCAUUACGGGACGACUUCAGGGAGAAGAGCAUGUCUACAAGCCAGCACAUGACACGACUAGAGACUUUACAGGCUGAGCAAGGGCUAGAAAUUAAGAUGCUGUCGGAGAGAAAGAUGGAGCUGGAGCGUCGGGUGCACGCCAUGCUGGAGGAGAACGAGCUGCUACAGAACACAGUGGACGACCUCAGAGAGAGGACGCUGGUGUUGGAGAAACAGUGUCACGAGAAGGACCUACAGCUGAGGCAGAGCCAGCUGGAGCUCCAGGAGGUUCAGGUAUCCCACAGGCAGCUGACGGCUCGGUUGGACGAGCUGACGGAGGAGCACAGCCUCCAGAGCCUCACCCCCCACCCGUCCAGCCUGCUGUGUGAGAUCGAACAGAGCAUGGAGCAGGAGGAGCAGGAGCAGGAGAGGGAGCAGCUUCGGCUGCAGUUAUGGGAGGCCUACUGUGAGGUCCGCUCACUCUGCUCCCAUCUCCGAGGAAAUGACAUCACGGACUCAGCGCUGUCCACCGACUCUUCCAUGGACGAGUCCUCAGAGACGUCCUCAGCCAAGGAUGUGCCUACAGGGAGCCUCCAAGCCAGUCUGCUGGAGCUGAGGAGGCUCACACAGAAUCUGCUGGAUGGCAACGAGUCGACGGGCUCGAGGCGCAGUGAUGAGGAGGCUCUGGAGGAGCAGGUGAGGAAGCUGGGAGACGAGCUACGGGAAGUCAGAGAGCUGUACGAAGCUGAGCAGGACAAAACACACAACGGCGAAGAGGAGAUGCUGCAGCUGCACAAUCAGAUGGCGCUGCUCUCUGUAGAGAUGUGCUCUCUGAGGGAGGAGAACGAGCGAAUCAGGGCGAUGGCUGAAGUCCGAGAACCCAGCGAACAGCUCCAGAGCGCAAUCAGAGACAGAGAUGACGCCAUAGCCAAGAAGAAAGCGGUGGAAAUGGAGUUGGCCAAGUGUAAAAUAGACAUCAUGUCUCUGAACAGCCAGCUCCUGGACGCCAUCCAGCAGAAGCUCAACCUGUCGCAGCAGCUGGAGGCGUGGCAGGAUGAUAUGCACAGAGUGAUUGACCAGCAGCUGAUGGACAAGCACCAGGACGAGUGGCGUUCCUCCUUGUCAGGGUCUUCGAGGACCCACGGCAGUCAGUCCUCCAGGCGAGCUCACCGCAUCUCCGACCGGGACAAGAGACUUUUUUCUUUUUUCAAAAAGAACUGAGCCCUAUUGGACUGGCCCCGAGCACAGCAGACAGACAGAGACAGACGAGGUGAGGGUGAGGGUGAGGGUGAGGGAGUGACGACACACACCAGGGGAAACAACUCAGCCAAAGAUGGCCUGUGGCACGAACUGAGGUUUUUGUUGGGGGCUUAUUUUUGCACUUUAUCUGUCCCAUUCCUCUUCUCUUCACAGAUUAAUUGGUGACUGGUGACAAUGAGAGAUAGAAAUACAGGAAUAAGACGUCCACGUAGGCUUCAGCCCCUCUUUUAGAAAGCUAUCGGUUUUACAGAACGUGGACAGAGUCACAAAGUUUACCUCCAAAGAGGAAGGUUUCCUUGUAGUGCCUACGACCAUCUCUACUGCCCCACUGCCAGCUCUGUAGAGAGGGAACACUAUAACACUAAUUCUUUCCGUAUGCAUCCCAGUUAUCAGGCCAAGGGGAAGUACAGGUGGAUAUAUACAGUGAGGGGCACAGCAGGAUUGUGAGAAAGGACAGAGUAUGAUGAGCAUCCUCUGGGUAGGGAGCAUCAUUCUGGAGCCGACCCACCUGAUCUCUCAGGUUUAUUCAUUUGUCUGAGGAACAUGAGGCAGAAGGUGGACUUAUCAGGAUGGUAGAUAAACGUGUUUGUGUACUGUACGAUGAAACAAAUAUAUUUUCUUAUCAACAGCCAUGCACUUUUUGAUUUUAUACAUAUCAUCUUUUAAAGCCCGACACUCAAUGUGAGAAAAAGGACACCCGAUAAAAGGGUGCUCAGGCACUUUGAUAGAGUUAAAGGGGCUUAAUAUAGUAAUUAAAAUAUAUUUUUAUAUUAACAAUAGUUUAUAAAAACAUUACCCAGGGAUAAAGUCUACAGAUUAACUAUAGCUCCAAGUCCGAUAUAUGCAGCAUUGGUUGCAUUUAAUAGAUGCAACAAUGCCUGCAUGUAUUGUCCAAGUUGAUAAAUAGAUAAAUACAAUGUGAAACUGUAAUGCAAACACUCAUUUAGAAGAACAGAUCAUAAUCACUUGUUUCUGCAGUUACUUUCAUAUUUAUGGAGCCUUUUAAUGUCUCAACGUCAGUCAAAUGUUUUUUUGUUUUGUUUUGUUUUGUUUUUAACCAGCAACAGCAGCAGCUUCAAUAAACCAAAUGUAGAACAUGUGCAAAACAUUAAACAGCAAAAAGAUUGUAACUUCAGUAGCUGGUGCAUAUCAGUUAGAGACAGACUAAACCAAGCAAAAAGAAGAGUAAAUGUGAUCAAGUAGACAUAAAUAUUUAAAAAAUGUAAUUGUUUGUGGUUGUUUGAAAUCAGAAGAAAAAAAAUGCACAUGGUCCUUCUGCGAAAGAUUAAAUAAGAAUAUAAAUGAGCUGAAAGUGAAGCCACCUCCAAGCGUCUGAUUGAAUCUGAUCAGUGAUUGAUAAUUACAGCUGUCAAUCACACCUUUACCUCUCUGAAAACACCUGUGAUUAAACAAAAUCGUGGCGUCAUUUGGCAGAUUUUCACAGGUAAAAGUCUCAGACCGCUUGAAUUACAACAAUCUGAAAGAUAUUUAUGGAAUUACAACGAAUGAUGCUUACAACUGCAGCUGUGACAUAUAAACAGGCACUUCUUCUAGCAUUCAUUCACCUUAACUGUUUAUUACCCUGCUGCCCCCUAGUGGCCA